UGUGUGUGUGUUUGUUUAUUUGUUGUAUCCAAAAUCAAAAUGAUGAUAAUUGUAAAUUUAUCACAAUCCUGAAAAGAAACACAAAAAAAAAAAAUCUCCAAGUAUUGCCAGAUACAGAAAUAGCGAAUUUCGAAUGUGAUAAAUUUGAUGACCAACAAUCAAAACAACAACAACAACAACAUAUACACACAGACUGAAAUUUCGUAGGAAAAUCAGCCGGAUAAGAUAUAUUGUGAUAACGAGGGAAAAUUUUUUUUUUUCUGUAGAAAUCACAACUCUAGAAAGGAUCUUGACUUGUGUCAAUAUCAAAUAUCUAUUUUAUUUUUUUUUUUUUUUUGGCAAUACUAUUAUCAUUUAUUUAUGGGGGACAAAAAAAUGAAAGGAAACAAAGGACAUUUGUUGCAGUGUAUUUUUCAUAUCAUUCAAUGCAGUGAAUAUUAUUCAUCAUCAACACCAUUUAUAUUUUAAAUGUUCGGCCAGUGACAUUAUCAUUUCAAUUUGUUCUUUUUUACCAAGUUUUUUUUUUGAUUUUUUUGCCUGAAAUCUCGAAAUCAUGGAUAAUAAUAUCGCGAAUGGUGAAAAUGGAAAAACCAAUGCAACAACAACAACGAGAAGAAGAAUGAUUCCUGAAACUGGAAAAAUUAUUAAAUUCCAACAUAGAGAAUCAUUGUUGACACAAAUGCUCAAUAAUAGCUCUCACAUAAGAACGUUACAUAAUCUUAUCACCGGGUUUGUGACGAUAUUCCUAGUGGCAACAAUUGCCGACUACAUAAAGCAACCUUCAAAAUUCCGCGAUGAAUAUGAAACAUUUCUGUGGAACAUUGCUGAUUUCGGCCGAUUUAUUCAAAUAUGGCUGAUAAUGAAUCUAUCUGUAAUUUGUUUACAUUAUCCAUUGGUUUUACUGAAUAAUUUUUAUCAAUAUCGAUGGCUGAUUAAUAAUCCAGAGAAAGAUUUGGAUCGGUUAUUCGAAAUGUACCAAAAACAGAAAUAUUCUGGAUGGUUGCAACAAACGUUUUUGUACAUAGCUUAUGCACUAAUAUCAUUUUUCGGUAUAUUUUUCUAUUGUACAAAUCGUUUAAUAGUGCUGGAUAUCAAAAUAACCGGAUCAUUUGCUGCACUAAUGGAAAUGACACGACUUUUGAUGAAAUCACAUUCAUUUUUUAUCGAGAAAAAAGAUUUACAAAUCGAAAAAGAAGAACUGGUCAAAUUGAUUGCACAAAAACGACAAAAGCAUAUCAUUCAAUCAUUUUGGUCAUCAUCAUCAAGAGCCAGAUUUCGAAAUUUAAUUUAUUAUCUAUUUUCGCCUACACUGAUAUAUUCGGACCAUUAUCCACGAACAGAAAUCCGUUGGUCACGUGUAUUGAAUUUUGGCAUUCAAUUCAUAGUGGCUUGUUUGAUUUCAUUUCUAAUACUUUUUCGAUUUGUUGUUGCAACUUUUUCCAAAACUGGUAUAGAACCAUUUCCAUUGAAUUUUAAUUUUAUUUAUAAAAUGUUGGCUUGUGGACUGGCUAUAUAUCUGCUUUGUUUUCAUGGAUUUUUGCAUACAUGGCAUAAUUUCACUGCAGAAUUGAUUCGCUUUGCUGAUCGUCAUUAUUAUGACGAUCAUUGGAAUACUACAAAAUUAAAGGACUAUUAUCGUAAAUGGAAUCUUAUCGUUCAACAUUGGCUUUAUGUUUAUAUAUUCUUGCCGAUUCAUUUACGAUUUCAUAAUCGAAAUUUAUCAAAUUUUUCCGUCAUUCUUGUUUCGGCCAUAAUGCAUGAAUAUAUUAUUAAUCUAUCGUUACGAUUUUUUAUGCCACUCAAUUUUCUGCUUUUUGCUGUUUUUGCACAAAUGUUGUAUUUCUUUCAAAAACUUGAUAAUGGUGAUAAACAGGACAAUUGGAAAAAUAUUAUAUUUCAAACCAAUAUAUUCAUUGGAUGGAGUUUAGAAAUUUUAUUCUAUUCAUUAGAAUGGUAUUCAAGAAUUAAUUGUCCAUUACAAGAACAAUCCACAAUCAUUGAAAAACUUUCACCACGUUUCAUACAUUGUGUGAAAUUCUAAAAUGGAAAUUAUAUGACGUGCAUUGACAACAUGUGACCAGUAGUUAAUCAUCAUCAAACAUACAAAUGUGAAGACUAAAACUGUGGUCUUUGGCGGUGUGUAUAAAAUAUUGUAGUGUAUUGUCAAUGUCUCGUGUUCAGUGUUCUGUUCUGUUUUCUUGCCGUGUACAGUCCAACCAAAAUCUUCAUAAAUCUGGUUUUAUUUUAUAUUUUAUAAUGGAUAAAUCAUCACAGCCGUAGCCAUAGAAAAAUAUCAAAAUCAAAUCAUCCAUCAUUUGUCCUUUUUAAAUUAUUUCUUUAUACAAUUAAACAAAUUAUUAUUUAAAAAUAAAAAAUCUUCAAAUCAUCACUUGUUUACUGCUCUAGAAAUAUUUAAGUAAAAGAAAAUUGUGAUAGCAAUUAAACCGUAAAACAUUGUGAAAAUCCAUGAUUCAAAUAUCAAUAUGUUUGAUAAUUGAUUAAUUGAUUAAUAAAUAAUGAUUGACGUCUUGUUU